CAUGGCGAAGUAUCGCUUUGACGUCACACCAGUCCUUCAUUGAAAUUAGCUUGACUAGCGGGCACGGCUAAGCUAGGAUAUUAGCAUCUUGUACAUGUGCACCGUAGUUUGAACAAAAAACGUUAUAAAUAAUGGCUGGCAGCGCAGGAGAGUGGUGUCUGAUGGAGAGCGACCCGGGCGUGUUCACAGAGCUGAUUAAGGGUUUCGGUUGCAAAGGCGCCCAGGUUGAAGAAAUAUGGAGUAUGGAGCCAGAGAACUUUGACAACUUGAAGCCAGUUCAUGGGUUGAUUUUCCUGUUCAAGUGGCAGCCGGGAGAGGAGCCAGCGGGUUCGAUCGUUCAGGACUCGAGGCUCGAUCAAAUCUUCUUUGCAAAACAGGUCAUUAACAACGCCUGUGCCACCCAGGCAAUAGUCAGCGUUCUGCUCAACUGCUUCCACUCCGACAUGUUGGUUGGCGACACGCUGACAGAAUUCAGAGAGUUUUCACAGAGUUUUGACGCUGCUAUGAAAGGUUUGGCUCUCAGCAACUCCGAAGUGAUCCGACAGGUUCACAACAGCUUUGCCAGACAGCAAAUGUUUGAAUUUGAUGCAAAGUCGUCAGCGAAGGACGAGGACGCAUUUCACUUUGUGAGCUAUGUUCCUGUGAACGGCAGACUGUACGAGCUCGAUGGACUUCGCGAGGGACCAAUUGACCUGGGUCCAUGCAACCAGGAUGACUGGAUCAGCGCAGUUCGCCCCGUCAUCGAGAAAAGAAUAGAGAAGUACAGUGAAGGAGAGAUCCGAUUCAACCUAAUGGCCAUUGUGUCAGACAGAAAGAUGAUUUACGAGAGAAAGAUCGCUGAGCUCCAGACACAGCUUACUGAGGACGAGCCGAUGGACACAGACCAGAGCAGCACGUUUCUUAGCUCCAUCCAGUCCGAGAUCGCCAAGUACCAGCUCCUCAUCGAAGAGGAAAAUCAGAAACUUAAAAGAUAUAAGAUUGAAAACAUUCGGCGAAAGCACAACUACCUUCCUUUCAUCAUGGAGCUACUGAAGACACUGGCAGAGUAUCAACAGUUAAUUCCUUUGGUGGAGAAGGCAAAGGAGAAACAGAGUGCCAAAAAAGCCCAGGAGGCCAAGUGAACAACAACAACAACACACUUCCAAUAGAGAAGCCUCUAAACACACACAUCCAGAGCAGCAGUCACCCUUUCAUCACUGAGCCACUUACAGAUCCUGUUCAUCGUUGGUCAUAUCCGUGUCACUGACCAUGGAUGGUGUGCAGCACUGCGGGGGGAGCAGAGAGACUCUCCAUGUGUGUCCAUCAGCUCUACUGCAUGAGAGAAGGAGUGAUGUGCUCAAAUUAUGUCCUGUCCUAUUUUCAUAAUAAAAUGUCUAGAUGGUUGUGAA